AUGUUUUAUAAAAUUUUGGUGAUUAUUAUUUCUUUUCAGUCCAUUUCUCUUUGUAAAGAAUCAUGUACGAGUGACAAUAAUUCGAUGAAACUUAUAAUAGAUACGGACGCUGGUGGUGACGAUGCUGUUGCUAUAUUUUUACUAUUAGCCAAUAAAAAUAUCCAAAUUAUAGCCAUAACUUGUGUUUAUGGCAAUACGGAAGAAAAAAAUGUAGAAAAUAAUGUUCUAAAAAUUCUGACCAUUGCUAAUCGCACUGACAUUCCUGUUUAUGGAGGAUCGGCCAAGCCUUUGCUUAAAAAUUAUUCACGAGACAACUUUUUUGGUAACGAUGGCUUUGGUGAUUUUCAAUUUGAUAAAAACAUAACUGCCACUAUUGAUAGAUCUAAACAUGCCUCCAUUGCAAUAAUCGAAUUAUCCAAAGCAUAUUCGGAUGACAUAAAUAUCUUAACGCUAGGAGCUUUAACAAAUAUAGCAUUGGCAGCGUCUUUGGAUUCCAAUUUUACUCAACGAAUCAACAAAUUCUACGUUAUGGGAUCAAUAAUAGACGAAUCAAUGCAAAGUAAAAUAAAUCCAAACAUAGAAUUUAAUUUCGGAUUAGAUCCUGAUAGCAAUGCAAUAUUUUUCAAUUCAACGGUAAAUCGAAAAAUUCUUAUACUACCUUGGGAUGUCGUAUUAAAGGAAGCAAUUGCAAAGAAAUGGCGAACAGAUAUUUUGGGAAAUGUCAAUUCACAAGUCAUACAAUAUUUAAAUAAAAUUGAAGCUGUAGCUUUAAAAAAAACAAAAGCCUGGUUUACUUCUGAUACAAUUAUAGCAUCAAUAUUACUUUGGCCAGAUCUUGUAACGACGUUUUUAGAAGCAAAGUUGUCUGCAGUGAAUUGCGGACCCUUUAAAGGUUCGGUACUUGUUGAAUCAAUCAACGUGGAAAGUAGACAGAAAAAUGUUGAAAUCGUACGAAAUUUUAAAACUACAAUUUUCAAAAAAAAACUUUUACAAUGUUUGUCUUAA